AUGGACAACUUCACUGAGAAGAUAGCGAGGGUUACUGACCUAAGCACGUACACUGACAUGACACCAGAGUAUCUCAGGAAGGUGUUUGACGAUAUCGGCGGCAGUCCUGAGAAACUCCGCACCAUCUUGAAUCUGUGGUUCACCCCUGACUUCAAGCCAAGAUUUAUUGAGUCACGGAACGAUGCUUCCAGUGGGCUUCAUGACAUCGGCUUCAUCGAUUCACUAGAAGUCGACCAAGCACCGCGACCGCUACGUCUGAUAGACUUGGAAACAGGCAACAUUGUCGAUGUGUGGAAUACCAAUCCUUUGGAUGCGUAUUGCAUGCUGUCGCAUCGAUGGAAGGGUGAUGAGAUCACCUUGGCUCACAUCAAACGAGCAAAAAUGAUGCACCUUGAGCGCAGAGAUAACAACUCUUGCGAUAUCCCGGACAGUGAUAUUAGCAUUGUCCUCGAGCAGUGUAAGCUUGAUGUUCUGGAGCAAGAAAACAGAAUCUUAUCUCUACUUGGCGACAACUCACAAGGCAAGACUGUUAGUGACUUGCUAGCUAUGAGCGUCAAUGCUGGCGGCGCCGCAAAAGAGCUUAAUGACGCACGGGAGGAUCGAGACCGAAAGAAGUCAAACGUCGAGCGCUCUAGGAUGGAAAAAAACAUGUUUGAUCAUCUUGCCGAGCGUAUACAGCAGAACAUUGGCGGCAGCGAAAAAGUGGUCGCUGGUUCCAAUCCUACCUCGUCUCCCGUCAUUAGUGAAGCGAAAGAUAAGGUCGCUAGUCCUACCAUUCCCGCAUCUUCAGUUCUUGAUGAAGCGGAAAAGGAGUACGCAGAUGCACAACAAGCAUUCGAGGUCAAACGGACGAGUAACAAUGAGGCAAACAACGCAACCAUGUUCUUGCGCGACAAUCGUCCACUCAGCGAUGCUGUCAAUGAGAUGAUACGACUCCUUCAGCGCUGGAAAUCGGCCAUGAAACUCGAUAGCUCGAUGAAAGAGGCUCGUGAAAUCUUCAGGACAAAGCUGUACCCUAAGCGAGGGGCCUCCUACAUCUGGUCCGAUACUUGCUGCAUUGACAAGCUGAACUACGGAGAGCUGUCUCAGUCACUUUCGCUUAUGGGAGAUUGGUACGCCAAUGCAGAGUUCUGCCUCGUUCAUCUUGACACAGACUUGCAAGUUGAUGAUGCAAUUCGUAAUUGGAAUCUUCUCAAGGGAGAGAUGGGUGGGGUGGGCAAGGCAGUCGAGCAUCAUCAAGCCAUUGCCAGCUUCAGAGCUAUUGCAGACGACAAAAUUGAAUGGGCAACCCGGGCAUGGACACUCCAAGAGCUGGUCAUGAGUAAGAUGGCCUUCUUCACCAAUUCUGAGGGGAAGUCAUUGAGUCGACCAGUGGAGAGCCUUGGAUACGUCUAUCCACUGAUCCCCUUCAUCAACAUUUACACAGCUGGCGGCAUAGCCUGCAUGUUCUCUGAAGGCUUGUCAAGAGAGGCCAUAGCAAACACUUUAAGGGCCAUCGUGAACUCUGAGGCCCUUGAGUCACUCCUGGGUAAGAAUGAUGUGAUCAUUGCCGACGACAGUGACGAUGAGAAUGCUUCAGAGAGCGUCAGGGACGGUUUGCGUGUCAUAUCCAUUCUCCACGCGCUGGGCUUCGUAUUCCCCACCGAGAUGACAACUGAAACAGCUGUACCUGAGAUGAGUCGCUCUGUGUAUCUGUCAGCCUGGAAUCUUGUCAAGGAUAGGCAGGAUGGGCUAAAUAACCAUGGAAGAGAUGUUUUGCGCAUGUUGAAGAGCCAGAUAUCCUUUGAGUUUCUAUCAGGAAACGUGACUGACGAGGACGAGGACGAGGACAAGGCCAAGCCGGAGGCCGAGGCGCAACACGUCAUGAACUUUCUCUUGUUUUCUUUUGUUCAAGUAACAAAGGAUCUAGUUGUCUCUGACCGGAAGUUGAUUGCAAAGUUCGGUCAAGUGCAUCAACUAGAAUCUUGGAAGCAAGGAAUCACUCGCAGUGGGUUCUCCGCUCAAAAGGUUCUACAGCUUUCCUGCCAACGGGAGGCCACUGUGCCCGUUGAUCAUAUUUAUUCUCUCAUGGGAAUUCUCGGUGUGCGUUUUCAGUCAUUCCACGCCGAGGGCUAUGCGAAAGCCUUGUCACGACUUCUGGAUGAGGUCGUGGUAAGCCACAACGAUGUCUCCGUCUUUAACUGGUCGGGCGUGGGUAUGGGAAGCCCAGUUCGGGGCCGUUCCAUGUAUCCUGCUUCCCACGAGGCAUAUGUGAAUGAGAAAGACCAUGGUCGACGUUACAACAUGAUGAUCUCGACAGGUGUGCAGAGGAAGCGUAAAGAGGUUAUGCUGGCCUACAAUGGUGUCAUAACUUUGCUUCGAGACACUAUAGAUUGCAUCAAAACUAAGGGUCGCGAAGGUCUUCCAUUGGAUUGGGUGCAACAAAUAUGUGCGUUCAUUCGAGAGUCUAGCUUUGAAGUCCUCCGUCCGGAGUUAGACAGCAUUGGUAAGAUCCUGCGGUACAUCCAGUUGUACGGUUCCAGAUCCGCAUCACCACAGACACCGCCCGAAACGAAAGAGUCCAUGGAGAGUAACCCUUCAUCGGGUCCUGGUGGAAAUGCUGCGUUUGGGAGGAGCUUUAGCAAGCCGUCGCUAUCUGCAAUGAAGCUUCAGCCUAACCUCAAAGCCCCAAAGCUGCCUAGCUUUGGCUUUGGUGGGAUUAGCAAACCGUCAUUUUCGAGACAUCAUUCGGAACCGGUGGAGAGUGACCUUAGCCCAAUGCUAGUCUCACCCGAUCCAAAGAAGCUUGCAAAGCCUCAAGUGCCUGAGUGGUUGUCUCUGGAUGAUGAAGUGAAAGCAUAUCUAGGAGGCUUAUCAUCUUGUGAUGCAAGCAUCAAAGAAUCCGGCAAAUUACCCAGCAAGAUACAACAACUUGACUCCAAGACACUUGAGCCAGAGGCUGCGACAGAAAGUCGGGAUCCAAGAACGAGCGGCCUUCAUGUUACCGACGACCUGACUUGUCCUAACCCUAUUAUUAUUAAUAGCUCUGGCAUUGAAGGUAUCUUUGACAUACAACGCAUUGUUGUAAGCAUGAUCGAUAGGGAGAAGCUCUCAAGACAAGUGGCACGAGCGACUAGCCCAAAACAGAAAAUUUCAGGAUGGUGCAUCAUCAGUACGGGAUUCGCUAGCGUGGUUGUCAACUUCGCCUGUGACCAACACAUUCUCAAGAAGCAGCUUGACGUUGAACAAGUGGUUCAGGAUAGAGUCAUUAAGGAAGAUCGAGCUAGCAAGCUCCAUGGGAACCUGGAGAUAACAGGAUCUGUAAAGCCAAAAGAGCACGAUGGUUCUUCGCCUAAAGAUGAUCGAUCUAACAACAAUUGGAACGAGAUCGACAAGAUCAUAGCCACCAGCUGGAAGCCUACUGAGGAGGAGAAGGCAAUUGUACGUAUUAUUGAUUUCAUUCAGGAGCCCCAGCUUCAACUCGUUGCUGGCGAAUGGGUCCUGGCUCGCUUCUCUGGGGCGCAAGGGGCAAAGUGGUUUUUGUGCUACCUCGAGCUCGGCUCAACUCACUCCUUCUAUGGCCAUCGCAUCGCAGCAAGCGAUAUUGAUUUCGACAACUCGGCCAUUGAACCCGGGCUCAUGAAUGCCUGGAGAACCUACAUGAAUCGGAAGAAGAGAAAGAUGUGUAAUGUCCUGGACAAGUAUAUCAGCAGUUCAGCCAGUGCCACCAAGGGUCAGGAAAGACUGAACAAGGGUUCAAAGAUUGCAACUGAGAGCUAUGCAAGGGUUUGGGAUGCAGGAAAUCAAGGGCUUGACAGAGUCAUGAGUAUGGGAUCUAUUUCCACAUCACCCUCCGUGUCAAAGCAGCCAGUUCACGAGGGAGGUAAUAAGAAUGCGAAGGUUGAGGAGGAUGUGGAAUCCGAAGAUGAUGGGAAAUCUGGAGCAGGGAAUUUUAAGGAUUUACUCGACCAGGGUAAAGAAGCAGUAACUGCUCUGGGCGAGUACACUGUUCUCGCCGCAUAUGAGAGGAUUUGCCAAACAUCUCGACAAGCACCUGUCAACGUCAGUGUUGAAAAGGACACCUAA